CCCACCUACAUUUCUCCAGGCCCACCCACACAAUAAUUCCUGGCUACGCCACUGGUCCUAACACAUAGUAUUUACAUGAUGUAUGUUCUUUGCAAUGUUGCAAAAUAACAUCUCCCGCAGGAUGUGCUUGGAAGUGAAGAUAAAUAGAUGGAAUUGGCAAUCAUAUUGUGUAGUUCGAACUCUGCAGUAAAAAGGUUCCACUUGACAGCGGGCUGAUCAUCCUGUCGCCACGAUGCGUGGGCUCUACAAGAUUCUGCUUCUUUUUCUUCUGGCAUGCCAAGAUCAAAACGUACUUGGAAGUAAAAUCAUAAAUGGGACAACUGCCGGCGAUGAUUUGAUGAAGUAUAUGGUAUCGGUGCAGGAAGACGAUGAACACAUAUGUGGAGGAUUCCUUGUCAGCAAACAUUUUGUUGUCACCCAUGGGGGGUGUAAAUUUGACAAAAAAGGAAAAGUAAUGGUUGUUCUCGGCACCUACGAUCUCAGCAAACCUGGCAAUAAAAGAAAAGAACACAUUAUAUCCACAUGCAAACCCCCACCUGGAAUUGGGACUGACAUCAUGCUCAUUGAAAUAAAUUCCAAAAAACCAGAAGAUCUACCAGAAAAAAAUCAACUUCAAGACCCUGACAAGGAUUUAAAAGAAAAGUGCCAAGUAGCUGGAUGGGCUCCAGUGGAUAACAAUGACAUAGAUCAUGUUGAUCAGCUCCAUGUGGUGGAUGUGACUGUCAUCAGCCCGAAGGCUUGCAAAGUGCAGAUUCCUGGACUUCGUGCCAAUGCUAUCUGUACAGGUGGAGAACCGACAACAGACAAGGGAGGAUUUUGUAAGAGAGAUGCUGGUGGAACCCUCGUGUGCAAGGGUAAAGCUGUUGGAAUUGCGACUGUCAACGACAACUGUUCCUUCCCAGACCUUUAGUGGAAGGUGUGAAUUUGAGCAGAGACCAUGGCAACCAGCUCCCUACUACUGCUGCUCUUCCUUUAAUGGUAAGAUGAGACAUAUAAAUCAGCAUUGGCUGCCAACUGAGAGCAAUUUGGAUAAACACAGGCGAUUAAUGAAUUGUGAUGUUGUAUUUCAGGGGCUGAUGGUUCUUAUAUUGUUGGAGGAAGAGAUGCUGCCCGUCAAUCUUGACCGCACAUGGCCUCGCUGCAAGUCCGAGGACGCCACAACUGUGGGGGGGCCCUGGUGAGAGGGGACUUUGUGCUCACAGCAGCACAUUGUGAGAUACUAAGAUUUUAAAAAACAGUCAGAGAUGUUUCUGUUACUUUGUGUUUUUUCAUAUCAGGUCAAUUUAGUAGAAAUAUAAACUUACUGGGACCUUUCAUUUGUCAGACCGAAGUCAUUUAUUACAGCAAACAUUUUUACAUACAUAUUUGUCAAAGUAAGGCUUAGUUACAAGCAGGAAAUGUUUUUGGGGGAUGCACUCUUUGACAAUGUUUUACUGUAGUGAAAAUAUGUAGUGUGUUAUGUAACUUUUUCUGCAUGUAAACAGUCUGCAAAGUCACAAACCCUCAAAGUACACCCUGUAGCGAGUAAAACUUUUCUAAAACACAGAAAAGAUGUGUCUAUGCUGCCCCAGAACGCCUCGUUGGAGAUUUUUCUUUUUCCAUUUUUUCUUCCGGGGCCUAUUGACGUCACUAAGUCCAAAUGGACCAAUUGGCACACAGCUAUAGAACAAUAGGGACACCCCCUGUAGAGUGCAGGCUCUACAGAGGCUACUGGAGCGGACAGUGUGAGGUGGAUUUCCCGCUGUGUUUCCCUGGAUGCUGGAUAUAGACCAAGUGCCAUGCCAGUGGACACCGCGGUGCUCAGGCUGAGCUCUGCGGUGUCCACUGGCAUGGCACGCAGACCCCACGCAGCAGCAAGGAAACAACACCAGUAAUCCACCUCACACUGUCCGCUCCUCGAGCCUCAAAGGACGGAGCAACAAGCCCCGCAAAGUCCCGCCAACACGGCACCCAGACCCCACGCAGCAUUCUCAUCUGUUUGUCAUUACUGGUGUAAUUUCCUGGUUGCUAACGCCAUUGUAACACAUAAACACUGAUGUUCCGCUGUAACGGUGGUUGACUAAUCAGAACAGAGUGGGCGAACUGACCAAUCAGAGCACAGUGGGCUCAUACAUUUAGCAGGUUGUGUUGUUAUGUAUGUAUGUGUUUAUUUUUCUGGAAAAAAACAAUAAAAAUUAAAUAACAAAAAAAUUAAAUAAAAACCCAAGCAGCUGCAAUAUAAAGAACACUAUGUCGAAUGACCAGUGUUAACCCUUCCAAUAAUACGUGACCUGUUUUUACACCUUUCUUAUUGUGUGACUGAAUCAAGCACUAUCCCCUUCCUGCUUCAACUACUGAGACCAUAUUUAACACCCACAGUUCAUCUUCCAACUCCUUUGCACGCACAACAUGAAAAAUAUAUAGUAGGACCUAAUUGUUUGAAUAGGUGGAUAGAUAUGUACUGUGAGUCUUUUUUUAAUGUAACCCAUGUACCUUAAAAACGUAUAAACCCCCAAAGUUCCUUCCUCAUGUUACUUAAUUUGGCAUUUAUUGAUUUUUGAUGUGUUUUAUUAUAAAUUGAGUUUUAGCAUCUACAGGGCAACAUUAGUUGGACUCUUGCUUUGGUCUCUCCUACUCCUGAAGGGUAAUGGCUAUACUAAACAUUCCACCAUCUGUACCAGCUAGUUGUUAACUGUGUCUUUCUGGUGUUUGGUGAUGAGCAGGUAUUGUAGGCUUUGAGAAAGUGAACCAAAACGGUAGCAAAAGAACAAAACAAAGUGAUGCCAUAAAGCUCUGUAGAGCCGAGCGAAACUGCGUUGUGUGAUAAUAAUCAAUUUUUAACAAACAAUCAUAAUGUUCUUACACUCAAACAUAUUAAUUUAAACCAUUGCUCAAAACAUUAACAUAGUACAGCUUUAAGUUGAGCAUUUUCUGAUUAGUUUUUUGUAAGAGAGCUUAAUAUGAAUGGUGGACCAAGGUAAAAGUGUGCCACUCAUUUGAGACACAGUGUGAAUACAGCUCAGUCAGUUCAACCCAGUUGGUGGAUGUUGCUGCUACUCUAACAAACCAACAGGUGGAGCUAGAGUCUCGUCGGUAUCCUGCAGUGACGCUGGUUGUGUGUCAUCACACAGAGACACUACAGGAAAAUGGGCAGUCAUUAAGUGUCUGUGAGUGUCUCCACUUCUAUACUUAGGCUUCCAGAGACAAUUUAAACAUGCAGGCAGAUGCUAAAUGGAGCUGCUGAAGCCUCUGAGGUCUGACGUCUGAAGCAGUCCCUCAUGGUGGACUGUGCAGAUGGUCUGGUCAGAUGGUCCGGCACAUCAAAUGGGGAUAAAUCAUGAUCAAAUGAAACAUCAGUUUACAGUUAAGGUUUGUUAGUAAUACAUAUUUUACUUAAUGAAGUAAAAAAACUAAGCCAAAUACUCUGUUUUCACUGCAUAGCCCACUGUGACACUCUUACAAUGAGCUACAACUAAAUAUAGUGGCCAAACAAUCUCUAAUUAUCUACUUCUUUUUGUUUUAAUCACUUUUAGCCUUAUCACAGUAUUUAGCAGCGGAGGGAAUUAGAAUUGUUAUAAAAUUGUGAACAUUUUUCUUUGAAAUGUGGACUCACAAUUGAACUUAACCAAUACAAAAAUAGACAAAUAUAAAACAUAUUACUAUGACUAACACGGUUGACUUUUCGUCAAUGUUGGCAUGAAAGUUAUUAGUUAGAAUUAAACGAUUUUUAAUAAUCUAGUCUACUGCUUCUAUGAAUUUGGUUCUUGCACUCUGUGAAUAACUGAGUCACAAUCCUGUUGUUUUCACUGACAAAGAUCACCU